AUGGCGCCCACCAAAGCUAACGCUGCCUUUGUUUGGCGACAGUUUAUCGACCUCGGCCGCUCUAACCCUAAGAAAAGCAAGCGAUACAGAUGCCGUCACUGCCAGAAGGACUUUGCAGCCACUGCUAUUGGGAGGCCUAAAGAGCAUCUCGCUGCGUGUGAGAAAUGGCAAGGCAAGCAGCAACAAGAGCGUCAGGCUCAAGAUGAAGCUGGACAUCCUCCCCCAUAUUCUGAAGCUAUACAAAAGAAGAUAACCGAGGUCGGAGUUCAGCAUAUCUCGCAAGACGAGAGUCACAGUUUCGCCUAUGAUGCCGCCGCCCCUUCAGCCUGUUCGAGAGCCGCCGUUGGCAUUAUUUCUUCACUCGCAUUAAGCCUGGCUGGAAGCCUCCUAGCCGCGCUGCUAUCACGAGAAUUCUCCCCGACUUGUAUCAGGAACUCCUCGACGAGGUUUUCCAACGCAUUACUAGCUCAGAAUGGUUCAAUAUAA